CUUUCCUGGUGCCUUGACAGCUGUCACCGUACGCCGAGGUCAAGGGGAAAGAAGCAUGGCUGCGUUGUUUAGAGGGUCCCGAAAUUUAUUGCUAAGGUGGAAUAAACAUGUCGACCUUGCCUUCGUGUCAUCACGAUCGAUGGCCUCAAAAACCCCAGUGGGGUUUAUAGGUCUGGGAAACAUGGGCAGUCCGAUGGCCAAAAACCUGUUAAAAAACGGUUAUCCUGUUAUUGCUACUGACGUCUUCCCUGAGUCUUGCAAGGAGCUGCAGGAAAUGGGUGCCCAGGUAGUUGACUCUCCAGCAGAUGUGGCGGAGAAAGCAGACCGCAUCAUCACAAUGUUACCCUCCAGUCCCAACGUCAUAGAAGUCUACACAGGCCCGAAUGGCAUCCUCAAGAAGGUGAAGAAGGGAACGCUUUUGAUUGACUCCUCAACUAUCGACCCGGCUGUAUCAAAAGAGAUGGCGGUUGCGGCAGAGAAGAUGGGGGCUGUUUUCAUGGAUGCUCCAGUGUCAGGAGGUGUCGGUGCUGCUAGCAUGGCCAAGCUGACCUUCAUGGUGGGUGGAGUGGAGGAAGAAUACAACGCUGCUCAAGAGCUGCUCACCUGCAUGGGGGCAAAUGUGGUCUAUUGUGGACAGGUCGGCACAGGACAGGCUGCUAAGCUCUGCAACAACAUGCUCCUGGCUAUCGGGAUGAUUGGCACUGCAGAGACCAUGAACCUUGGAAUCAGACUUGGUUUGGAUCCCAAGCUGCUAGCAAAGAUCCUCAACAUGUCCUCAGGUCGCUGCUGGUCCAGCGACACAUAUAAUCCAGUCCCAGGCGUCAUGGAGGGAGUCCCAUCUGCAAACAACUACCAGGGUGGCUUUGGAACCACACUUAUGGCUAAGGAUCUUGGUUUGGCUCAAAGCACGGCCACCAACACUAAGACACCUAUCCCUCUGGGCUCCCUCGCCCACCAGAUCUUCAGAGUCAUGUGCUCCCGCGGCUACGCUAACAAGGACUUCUCAUCUGUCUUCCAAUUCCUACGCGAGGAGGAAGGCCAGUGAAUGGAAAGGGGGAACAGUAGACUGUGAUGUUACACACACACAUAUAAUCACACACAUACACACACACCCCAGUGCCCCUUAUCCCGCUAUGCUCAGGAGAGACUAAGGCCUUGCCCUCAGGCACAGAUCUGCGGUCCAAUUAACAUACUAUACGUCGACAUGUGUCCCCUCAUUGCAUUAGCUGAAUCAUAUUUACAAUCUUUGGCUCGCCCUCUGCAUGGUGGAAAUGCUAAAACUGACCUUAGAUCGGUAUCUAGAGACAAAGCUAACUCUCUCUGCUUCAGUCUGGGCUGAAAGGCCAGAGUGGAUAAUGAGAGGUAGGAUGAGGCGCUGCAAGAUUUCAUGUAACAAUGCAAAUAAUACGUGGUUUUCAGGAUGAUUGAUAAGUAAUAAGUGCAUGAUUGUUCAAAGUUUAGGUACGCUUUUGUCGGGUUUGCGCUUUUGCUUGUUACUCAUAUGGCUCAGACCUGUCCCAGUUCAGUGACAGAGGACAGAGGAAAACAAGAACCUGUAGGGAUGCAUAUCUUGAUAAAGUGUCAUUGAAGAGACAGUGCAAGAGAGUGCAGAGUUAAACCUUUUUUUUUUGGAAGUACUAAGCCUGUAUUCACAACGCUACAUGUAAAGUAACCAAAACUGACCACACUGUUGGCACUUUGUUUACUUGUUUUGUUACAUUAGUUUUGAAUUUGUUCAUUUAUUUUUCAGCCAUCCAGCUUAUUUCUUACCUCAUGAUGACACUACAGUUCCAGUAUUUCAGAUUUUUGGUACAUUGAGCAACAUUUAAGCCUCCUCUUAUUGGAUUCUCCAGUUCUGCUCCUGUUAAUGCUGUGAUUUAUUAUAUUUCGGGUUAUUUUUGCACUGUGUGCAUCGCAGUGCGAUGUGCAAGGCAAUUUUGAUACAUUUACAGAAUCUCUUUAAACUUACCUCUCUUCUCUACCGCUGCUUAUCGAGCCACUGGAGUAUUAUUUUAUGACCAACACUGUUUAGAUUUUAUACUGAUCACUUCAAACUGUUCAUCUAGCACUUUCUCUCGCAAUCUUUUUCUUUAUGAAAGUCUAAUGUCAGAAAUUCUCCUCUCUCACUCUGUCUCUCUCUCAGCUUGAACAUCUAUGUAAAAUGUUGGUGGGGAAAAUGCUCCUCUCCGCCCUGAGUUAAUGUACAUAAUGUAUAUUUCAUAUUGUUGUGUAGAAUUGAAGAGGAAUCCAAAUGGACUGUCACUUUUUUUUUAGUAAAAUUCAUCAAUAGUGUCUACAGUUUGUCUUCGCUCUGUAAAACAGAUCCUCAGUCAUGCUGUAGCCUUAAAUAAAAGAUGUUCUGUG